AUGGCGGCGUUGUUUACAUGUCUUCUCCUUCUGUUUUGUUUAACUUCAUCUUUCAGAGAAGUGACAGCUCUGGGUCUGGUUUCAGAACCAUGUUACAAACCGAUCCGAGGCGUGUGGCCGGACUCUGUGAGGACCCGCAGUCGUCCUCAUGAGUCCCUGUCGGCCUCAGAUCUCCCCGAGUCCUGGGACUGGAGGAACAUGAAGGGGAAGAACUUUGUGAGUGUGACGAGGAACCAGCACAUCCCUCAGUACUGCGGCUCCUGCUGGGCCAUGGGGGCCACCAGUGCCCUGGCAGGUUCUUGGUUUUUGGUUGGUUUUUUUUUGGGUUGUUUUUGUUUGUUUGUUCUUGGGUGGUGUGGUGGGUGGGGGUUGGGGUGGUUGUUUUGGGGGGGUUUCUUGUUUGUGUGUGGUAUUAGUUGA